UUUCGUUUCUCUCUGAGAGAAUAAGGAAGACGAAUACGAAGAAGAAGAAGGUGACAAUGGCGUACGUUAGUAUGGGUGAAGCUCACCGGCGAAUCACUGAAUACUUAAACCGUUUCUGCGACGCCGUUUCGUACCAAGACUCUUCUACACUUUGCCGUCUCCUCUCUUUCUCUUCCAAUUCUCCACCUCUUCUCUCACUCGCCGACGCACUCAACGUCUUCCAGGAUGCUAGCAGUUUGAUUAGACAGUCUGAUAAAUUCUCUGAAUAUGGCGAGAUUCUGGCUCAUUUGUUUCGUUCUCUACAAAGUUACCGAUUUGGGAAUCUAGUCGAAGCAUACCUUGCUUUCGAGAAGUUUGCCAAUGCAUUUGUUCAGGAGUUUCGUAAUUGGGAAUCUGCUUGGGCAUUGGAAGCUCUGUAUGUUGUUUGUUAUGAAAUUCGAAUUCUUGCGGAAAAGGCUGAUAAGGAGUUAACUUCUAAUGGAAAAUCUCCCGAGAAAUUAAAAGCAGCUGGAUCUCUUCUCAUGAAAGUUUUUGGAGUUCUUGCUGGGAAAGGUCCAAAACGAGUCGGAGCAUUAUAUGUGACUUGCCAAUUGUUCAAGACCUACUUUAAGCUUGGAACCGUCAAUCUUUGUCGAAGUGUAAUAAGAAGUAUCGAAACUGCUCGGAUAUUUGACUUUGAGGAGUUUCCAAGAAGAGACAAGGUUACAUACAUGUAUUAUACCGGACGAUUAGAAGUCUUCAACGAAAAUUUUCCAGCUGCUGAUACAAAGCUAUCAUAUGCCUUGCAAUAUUGCAACCCCAAAAGAGAACGGAAUAUAAGGAUGAUAUUGAAGUAUUUGAUACCCGUGAAACUUUCAAUAGGAAUUAUACCAAAAGAUGAGCUCUUACAAAAUUAUAAUCUGCAUGAGUAUACAAAGAUUGUGCAAGCUCUGAGAAAGGGUGAUCUCAGGCUUCUCCGGCAUGCUCUUCAAGAACAUGAAGAUCGGUUCUUGAGAUCGGGUGUAUAUCUUGUCUUGGAAAAGCUAGAGCUCCAAGUCUACCAGAGACUCAUGAAGAAAAUUUAUAUAAUCCAGAAGCUGAGUGAUCCAGCGAGAGCUCACCAGCUGAAGCUUGAAGUGAUUGCCAAAGCACUAAGAUGGCUAGAAAUGGACAUGGAUCUCGACGAGGUGGAAUGUAUAAUGACGAUUUUGAUAUACAAAAACCUUGUGAAAGGUUAUUUAGCUCACAAGAGCAAAGUGAUAGUUCUAAGCAAGCAAGAUCCAUUCCCUAAACUUAACGGGAAGCCGGUUGGAUCAUAGAUAUAUUUCACGUGUAUGCCCUGCGAAUUGCGGGUUAAUUUUUGUUGUUGUAUCAAGAACCCUGUUCUGUUAAAACCCGAGCUUAAAUCUUAUUAUCUACUUCAUGACUACUGAUGAUAGUGUGGUCGAUUUUAUUUUGCACAAGGAAUGGUAGAAAAGUACAUA